AUGUCGGUGGAAGCUGUCGUGGAUCCGCACGAGAAGAUGAGAGCCAGAGAUGUGAACAAGGUGGCACGGGGAGAACAAGCUCCUACGCCUGCCUAUGAAUAUGGCAGUACGGUCUCUAGAGCCCCUUCCCACCCCGCCAAUAAUCAUGUGAAUAAAGUGGUGGAGUUGAAGACAUCACCAAAUGACGUAAAGUUUCCCUUCACGAACCAAACACACCAUUGCUACGUAUGCUACCUUGAAUAUCACAAGUGCAUUCAGGUGAAGGGUGACAACGUACCCGAGUGUGAGAAUUUCGCAGAGUAUUAUCGGUCGUUGUGCCCUAUUGAGAGGUGGAAUGAACAGAGGGCAAAUGGAACAUUUCCAGGUCCAUUCUAG